CUUCCCGUCAGUCCUAGUUGCUACCUUAGCUGAGGUUAACUGUUGUUGAACGGGAUUACCAGGCGCUGAGCUGACAUUACAGAAACCAUGGGAAGAAAGAAGAAAAAGCAAAUGAAACCUUGGUGUUGGUACUGUAACAGAGAUUUUGAUGAUGAAAAGAUUCUCAUUCAGCAUCAGAAGGCCAAACAUUUCAAGUGUCACAUCUGUCAUAAAAAGCUGUACACCGGCCCUGGGCUCGCAAUCCACUGUAUGCAGGUACAUAAAGAAACGAUCGAUGGAGUUCCUAAUGCAAUACCUGGAAGGACAGAUAUUGAACUGGAGAUAUAUGGCAUGGAGGGUAUUCCGGAGAAAGACAUGGAGGAGAGAAGAAGAGUGCUAGAACAAAAGAACCAAGAGACUCAGAAGAAAAAGCAGAACCAGGAUGACUCUGAUGAGUAUGAUGAGGAUGAUGAGCCUGGACCCUCCUUCCAGCAGCCUGCUGCAGGCCAGCCCCAGGCAGGAUACAUCCCCCCGAUCACACAGCCUGGCAUGCCUCCUGGCUCUGGUGCUCCAGGGAUACCACCAGGCAGCUACUCAGGAAUUCCCCCAAUGAUGCCAGGUGUGCCACCACUAAUGCCAGGAAUGCCACCUGUAAUGCCAGGAAUGCCUCCAGGGAUGAUACCAAUGGCUGGGAUGAUGCCUCCAGGUCCAGGGAUGCCUCCAAUGAUGCCAGGCGUGCCCCCAGGUAUGCCUCCUCCAGUGGGCCACCGCCCAGGUAUCACACACAUGGCUCAGGUCCCCCCUGCUGCAAACAUGCUGACCAGACCUGCCAUUCCUGCUGCCACUGCCCCCUCAGCACAACCUGAUGUCAACAAACCUCUGUUCCCUAGCGCUGGACAGAUGGGCAGUCGGGUUGCAAGUACAAGUGCAGGGUCGUCAAGUGCAGACUCAGAGUCCGCCUCCCCUAAAGCUCUGUUCCCUAUCACAUCACAAAGUCAGCAAACUGUGUCAGGGUCCCCCCACCCUCCCCCUUCUACCUCCUCUGACCUCUCAAAGCCCACAUUCCCGGCCUACACUCAGGCCACCGCAGCUGUAGCCAGCCCCAAUGGUGGCAGCAGUACGGUCUCCAGACCUCCCUCUACUGUGACCAGUAAGCCUGCCACCCUCACCACCUCCAGUGCAACCAGUAAGUUGAUCCACCCAGAUGAGGAUAUCUCACUGGAAGAGUUACGGGCUCAGUUGCCCAGGUAUCAGCGCAGUAUUCCCCGCCAAGGCCAGGCCACCGCUGCUGCCCCGUCAGUGGGCCCUGUAGGUGGCAUGAUGGCUCCUCAGCCUGGCAUGAGGCAUCCCAUACCAGGCCAGUAUGGUAGUCCACCACAAGGGAUGCCAAGCUACAUACCAGGAGGGAUGCCUCCAUAUGGACAGGCCCCUCAUGUGGUUCCCCCGGGGUACCAGGGAGCUCCUCCACGGCCGUCCAUGGGUAUGCGACCCCCUGUCAUGUCUCCUGGAGGCCGCUACUGAAGCCCGCCUUCCUCUCCUCUAUAGGUUUGGACACUCAACCCUUUUCUAAUGUCCUCAGCUGCUAGUAGACAAACCAGUAUUGGUAUUGUAGUACCACGAUGCACUGUUUAUUCUACUACUGAGCUAUGAGGAAGAGACACUGAAUAAACCGUAAACAAAAGAGCUAUAGAAGCAUCACAGAGCGCAUGGGAAAUAUUUACACUGUACCUAACCAAGACUAUCAACUGUUGUUUCAAACUAUCUCUGUCCUGUGGCUUUUUUUCCUUCUCAUGUUUCAUUUAGGUGUAUAGAAGUGUAAUAGAUAUGGUUCGUAGUGUUGUGAAGGCGCUGGAGUUACAUGGGCAGUACCCACCCUUUAUCAAGGCAAGUUAUGUAAACACAUUUCUGUUCUAAGCAAAACAGUGAGGCCUUCACAGCACGUAGUGCUGUUGGACUUUGUGUCCCCAACUUUGUUUGGUGAGGGCUUCAAGUAACUGUUGUGCAUUCAUUCUGUUUUGUGUUAAUAAUUUAAUGAGGAAAUACCCCUUUAACCUUAAAUAGAUGAAAUGGUAUAUGUAUUGUUGUAAAACUGUACUGUAAUAAAAUGUGGCAAAAAUUGAAGACUCUUCUUUGCGGGACAUUAGUGGGAAAAGAGACGUCAUAGCAGGUUUGUACUAUAGUAAUAAACUACAUGGUGACUGUUUUUAUUGUCUUGAAGAUGAACAUUGAAGAACCAAUAACAGAAAUGCUUCAUUGAGUUGAAAUUAAAAUGUUGUUAAAUGUUUUCUUGUGACUAUAAGCAGUAUGUUGAAUUUCUUUCAUUGAUGCUCUGUACAUGGCACUGGCAGACUUGCCUUUGACACACUGAGUGCACUGUACAGCUGCAUAACUUCCGGGUUGCUAGUGGCUGCAGUGCUAAAACCCAGAUUUCUCUUCUCCCUGUA